GUAGGGGCGGCGGCGGCGGGCGGGCUGCGGGGGUAGCGGAGGGUCCGGGGGUAGGGGAGGCUGCGAUGGACGGGGCGAUCAGCAUCAUUCUCGUGUCGUUGGCCAUGUUCGGAGGCUCCCUGCUCCUGGGACUGAUCCCGCUGGUCAUCAGACUGCCCGAGGAGAAGCUGAAGUUGGUGACGGUCCUGGGGGCGGGACUGCUGUGUGGGACGGCACUGGCUGUGAUCAUCCCAGAGGGCAUCGAGCUGCUGCUGGCCGGCCCCCCAACAGCUCAGCGGCAGAACCUGUCCCAGAGUCACGUUGUCAUGGAGAUGCAGGACGCCGAGGGGAGGGAGGACGGGGCCCAGCAGUUGGUGCCCCCCCACUUCUUCAUUGGCAUCUCCCUGGUUACCGGAUUCCUGCUGAUGUUUGUUGUCGAUCAGGUGACCAGUUGUAUCGCCUGGCAGGGAGAUGAGCCCCGAGACCCAGGCCAACGGAGCCACGGUGGCCAGCAGCCAAGCCCCUCACUGCCCCCCGCCUCAGGCACCCCACCUGUAGCCAGCAGCAGCACAGAGCAGGGGAGAGGCUCGGGGGCCAGAUCCAGUCUCACUGCCACCCUUGGCUUGGUCAUCCACGCAGCAGUGGACGGUGUGGCACUCGGAACUGCUGCGGGAUCUUCCCAACUCUCACUCCAGGUCAUCGUCUUCUUUGCCGUUAUCCUGCACAAGGCACCUGCGUCCUUUGGUUUGGUCUCGUACCUGAUGCACGCUGGGCUGGAGAAGAGGCAGAUCCACAAGCACCUACUGGCCUUCUCUCUGGCUGCCCCGCUGCUGGCCAUCAGCACCUUCUUCAUCGUCCGCAAGAGCAGUCUGGAAUCACUGCAACAGACCAAGGCCACCGGCAUUGGGCUGCUCUUCUCCGCUGGGACCUUCCUCUAUGUUGCAUCUGUGCACGUCCUCCCUGAGGUCAGCAGCCAACAUCCUCACCAGGUCUCCAACGGCCAUGGCAAGAAGGGGCUGGGCUUCCUGGAGAGCCUGACGCUGAUCGUGGGCUGUACCAUUCCUGUUUUCCUCUCACUGGGACUCCAUGAUGGCUAGCUGUGAUCCGGGCCACAGCUCGCACCCUCAGCCCUGCCCUACCCCCCGCUUGAAACUGUACCACUGGCAGGGGCAGGGCAGGGGUGGCUCUGGGACAGCCCCCAUCCCAACUCUGGAGGUGGAUGCUGCUGAAAGGUAACACCUUGGAAAACUAAUGGCCCAAGGAUCGUCGGUGCUGGGUGACACGGCAAGUGGUAGGGAACAGAUGGGAGAGCCAAUGUAUCAUGUUGGAGGGUAGAAGGGGUCUGUGCCUUCCUGUGCCAGUUAAUAAUAAGCUGGAGUUGUCAUCACCAGUGCAUGAGGGUUCAUUCUCUCUAACACACUCACACUC